AUGGAGAAGGUUCAAGUUGCAGCAGCACCAAUUAACCUCACAUCUUCUACAAAUGCUAGAGGUUGUAUGUUGCCUUCUCUCAAGAAGCCAACCUACAUUAUUCCGAGGCUUCUGGUUGUAAUUGUAAUGGAAAAUCACAAGGUCCUAUCUUCUGGGAAAAAAUCGGUUGGAGAUAAACUGGACCAGGUACCAGGAAGGAGAUGGAGAAGUGACCCGGAGGACAUAGGUUCUGAGUCAUAG